UAUACGAGUCGUCAGUCGUUCGUGUUUUUAUUUUAUUACUAUUAAUCUGAAUUAAAAUAGAAGUAAUUUUAUAAUCAUUACUUUAAGCGAUUGUAUUUUUGACUAUAACUUUGGUAUAACUGCAUUGCAAGAAUAGACAUUUCAGAAUAAUUAGAAGUAAAAGUAACAAUAUUAGGUAACGGUUUAAAGUAAUUAAAAGAAAGAAGUAGUGAAUUGUUACAGCAAUGCCAAUGCAUAAUUUCAAUUAAAAAAGUCAGCGACGGUUGAACACUACUCCUUAGUACACAUAUUACUCACGCACAUGACGUGUUUAUAAGGUGUUAAUAUCAGUGCUUUAUAUCUUCUACCUCUUGAUAAGGAUCAUGCAGCCACCACUUGUGAUAAAGCAGGGCACAACAACAGGACAAGUCAUGCAAUCUGGGAUGAUGACUGUACCUAUGACAGUUAACUCGAGCAUUUCAAACACAAUUCCCAAUGUUAUGACUAUUAAUAAACCAGGAGGACAAAAUGUAGUAGUAACAACACAGAAUGUGGGAUCUGGACAACAAUCCAUUAUUCCAAAUGUUCAGAUAAUCAAUACACGACCCGGAGCUCCAUCCGUUUCUGCUCAAAAGUCAGUUGCAACAGUCUCCCCACGAGUUGUCAUUGGAACUCCACAAGUGGUGGGGGCUAGAGCGGCUGUUCCUGGUAUAACGCUGCAAACACUUCAAAGUCUACAACAGGGACAGCAGGGUCAUUUGUUGUUAAAGACAGAGAAUGGUCAAUACCAGUUGCUGAGGGUGGGUCCGGCACCGGCUGGCAGCACCCUCACGGCACCUCAGCCGCAGACCCUCCGGCUGUCAACUGUGCCGGCACACCCUGGCGUGGUGACGGCGUCGACGAGCGUCGCGGUGCCACAGAUGGCAACGCAGCUCCCUGCGUCCGCUCCCUCCGCCCAGGCCACGUCCGCCCAGACCGCCCACUCCGCAGCUCAAAGCGCUCCGCCUUCCUCGGCUCCGCAGGCCCCUGUCGUCACCACUCAGAAACCUUUGGACAACACAAAGGAGAAGUGCCGAAACUUUCUGGCGAACCUGUUGGAUCUUUCGAGUAAGGAGCCCAAGUCGGUGGAGAGGAACGUGAGGAACCUCAUACAGGAGCUCAUCGACGCUCAGGUGGAACCCGAGGAGUUCUGCGAUCGACUCGAGAGGCUCUUGAAUGCCAGUCCGCAGCCGUGCCUCAUAGGCUUCUUAAAGAAAAGCUUGCCCCUGCUGCGCCAGUCCAUGUGCACCAAGGAGCUGGUGAUCGAGGGUAUCAACCCCCCCUCCCCGCACGUAGCUUUCGCACCGCCCGCUCUGGCGCAGCCCGCGCUCGCCGCCAACGUACAAAUGCAAAAAGCGACGGGCAAACCCGGGGGCUCCAUAGCGGUGUUGCAGAACAUUCCACUUCAUACCAAGAUCAACGUGACGAAAGUCGGCAAAACGAUGACGGUGAACAGCAAAGCGAACUUCGCGAGGCCCGGAAAUCCCUCGGCGGCCCUCUCCACCGUCCUCACGCCCGGAAAGUCUCUGCUCAAGGACAAGGAGAAGAAGUCCACUCUGCAGUUCACUCAGCCCUUCGGCGACGACAAGAUGACCGGGGACGACGACAUCAACGACGUGGCGGCCAUGGGAGGCGUCAACCUGGCCGAGGAGACUCAAAGGAUUCUGGGUUCCACGGAACUCAUCGGCACUCAGAUAAGGUCAAUAAAAGACGAGUACUUGGUGCCAAUGGGCAUAAUGCAGAACCGGGUGAAGGCCGUCAUCGGAAAGCACGGCCUGGAAGACGCGUCGGCCGAGGUGAGCAGCCUCGUAUGUCACGCCGUCCACGAGAGACUCAAGAGCCUGCUGGAGAAGCUGGCCGUCGUCGCCCAGCAGAGGAGCGAUCUCUUGAUCAAGACCGACUCCUGUUACGACGUGACCCAGGACGUGAAGGGUCAGUUAAAGUUCCUGGAGGAGCUGGACCGCGUGGACCGGAAGAGGAGGGAGGACUCCGAGAGGGAGAUCCUUCUCAGGGCCGCCAAGUCGCGCUCCAAGAACGAGGAUCCGGAACAGGCCAAGUUGAAGGCCAAGGCGAAGGAAAUGCAGCGAGCCGAGCUGGAAGAGCUGCGGCAGCGAGAGGCCAACCUGACCGCCCUGCAGGCCAUCGGGCCCAGGAAGAAGGCCAGGCUCGACGGACCGGCGGACGGCGGAGUCGGCGCUCCGGGGAACAACUCUUUCCCGGGUCGCAGUCAACUGGCCCUGAGGACUCGACUGAAGCGCAUCAACCUGCGAGACAUGAUCUUCCUUCUGGAGCAAGAGCGAGACACGGCGUACACGUCUCUUCUGUUUCGGAGCUACCUGAGAUGAGCGGAGCGUCUUCGCGGGAACUUCGGGGCCGAGGGUCUCGUGAUCGGUCGUUUCCGAAGUUCGCUGAGCUUCCACGAUCGCGAGGAAGGAACCGUUUCAUUCCUCAAUUAUUUUUUAAUGUAAUUAAGCUUUUUCAUACAAAGUGGUGUAAAUGAUGUGGAUAGCUUUGUCGAAAGGCUUUUUUGUAUUGUAUUAAUGUAGUCUAUAUUGAAAUAAGACAUUUAUUCACUCACACUUGCACAAUAAAAAUGAUUUACAAAAAUUUCAAAGGAAAUAAUAAUGCUCGGGCGGCCUUUUCGGUUAAUUCUCUCGCGUCAGUCUGCGAUCGCUUAGUCGACUUUAAAUAUUUAAUUUCGUAGAUCUUAAACGUGUCGACGAACAAAGUUGUUGAAUCAUGUAAAUAAUAAUUAAUUAUAUUUUAAUAAAAAGUGACUCGA